AUUUAGAUACUAAAAUGGAAACUACGGAUGGAGGUCUGAUGGAGGAGUAAAGCCAAAAAAAGGAAAAAGAAGAAGUCCUACGAAUUUUGUAUUUUCAUGGUUUUUCCCAUCUUCAUCGUCUUCUCGUUUUGUUACACGCAGUCAUUUGGUAGUCGCACAUGUAAUAACAAUUAGAGUAAAUAAAUAAUAAUGCAGUGUCAUUAAAUCAACAGUCAAUUAAAGAAGUAUGUAAUAUUGAGACAGGGUGUUAUGAUCAACAUUAUUCUGAAAGAGUCAUAAGCAAUAUUUAUUUGCAAUUGUUAUUGUUAAUGCGACAUUAUUCAUUAGAAAGUUUUGUUACAUUUUGUGCUUGGAAAGAUGUUGAAACCAAAGGCUCUUACACAGGUCUUGAGUCAAGCAAAUACUGGAGGUGUGGAAAAUACAUUGUUACUGACCAGGGAUGGUGGUUUGUUAGCAUAUAGUGGCUAUGGAGAUAAAGAUGCUAGAGUGACAGCAGCUAUAACCAGUAAUAUUUGGUCUGCUUAUGAGAAAAAUGGACGAAAUGCCUUCAAAGAGGAUGAACUCCAAUUUGUCUUGAUGGAUUGCGCAGAAGGAAAGGUCGUUAUUACAGAAGUUGCAAAUCUAUUAUUGUGCCUGUACGCUCGCGAGAACGUUGGUUUUGGAUUGCUCAGAGAAAAAGCACAAGCCCUGGCACAAUACCUUGAUGAACCAUUAAAGACAAUAGCUAGUUUACCAUGAAAAACACUGAUUUGGAAUCAACUUUGUGCAAGGAUAUUCCAUCAAUAUCUGCAAAUUCUCUCGAUGCUGUAACAAAUGUAUAUCAAGUUUCGUAAUUUGUCUCACAGCUGUAUAUAAAUAUAUUUUUAGUAAAAUCCAUUGCAACGUAAAUUCGCAGUUUCUUUCAAGAUAUUGUUAAACACUCCAAAAUUAUACAAUAAAGUCUUUAUUUAUUUUAACUUA